AGUUCUAAUUGAGCUACAAACAAAUCCCCCUCCCCCCUCCCCGUGCGUGCGUGUGACGUCAUCGUCCGUAGUAACCCUCCGCGGCUGGCGUCUCUACGACACAAGACAACAAGAUGGGAUUGCUGUCAAUCCUCCGCAAACUGAAGAGCACACCGGACCAGGAGGUGCGGAUACUGCUGCUGGGGCUGGACAACGGCGGCAAGACCACACUGCUCAAGCAGCUGGCCUCUGAAGACAUCAGCCACAUCACCCCCACUCAGGGGUUCAACAUCAAGAGUGUCCAGUCUCAGGGUUUCAAGCUGAACGUUUGGGACAUCGGAGGCCAGAGGAAGAUCAGACCGUAUUGGAGGAACUAUUUUGAAAACACUGACGUGCUCAUUUACGUGAUUGACAGCGCUGACAGGAAGAGGUUUGAGGAGACGGGUCAGGAGCUGGCCGAGUUAUUGGACGAGCAGAAGCUGAGCGGCGUCCCCGUGCUCAUCUUCGCCAACAAACAAGACCUGCUGACGGCCGCCCCGGCCUCCGAGAUCGCCGAGGGCCUCAACCUCCACACCAUCCGCGACCGCAUCUGGCAGAUCCAGUCCUGCUCCGCCCUCACCAGCGAAGGCAUCCAGGAGGGCAUGAACUGGGUGUGCAAGAGCGUCAACUCCAAGAAAAAAUAGCUUCUUUUUUUUUUGUAGUCUUUUCCUCAGGAGGAACCGCAGCAGCACACGAGAACGUAGACCCACACACACACACACACACACACACACACACACACGCGCCUUAACAGCGGGAUACACUUGUGAAUGUACACACACACACACACACACACACACACACACACACACACACACACACACACACACACACACUACUACUAAUCCAACAUGGAGUUUUUAAGCUAACAGCUGCUGGUGUUUUUAAGCUUUUUCCAUCACGGCCUCGCCAUCAUGGACCUCCUAGCGUACCAGCAGCUUGUCUCGCAAACAUCCGUCAUAUAUGGAGGUUAGUUUAGUGUCUAAAUUAUGAAAGCCUUUUUUUGGACGCUAAAAUAAUAUAACUGAAUUUUUUUUAAUGUAUUUUCUUUUACAUUAAAGGCCUACUGAAAUGAGAUGUUCUGAUUUAACAGGGAUAGCAGGUCCAUUCUAUGCGUCAUACAUGAUUAUUUCGCGAUAUUGCCAUAUUUUUGCUGAAAGGAUUUAGUAGAGAACAUCCACGAUAAAGUUAGCAACUUUUGGUCGCUAAUAAAAAAGCCUUGCCUGUACCGGAAGUAGCAGACGAUGUGCGUGUGACGUCACGGGUUGUGGAGCUCCUCAGAUCUGAACAUUGUUUAUAAUCAUGGCCACCAGCAGCGAGAGUGAUUCGGACCGAGAAAGCGACGAUUUCCCCAUUAAUUUGAGCGAGGAUGAACAAUUUGUGGAUGAGGAAAGUGAGAGUGAAGGACUAGGAAAAAAAAAAAAGAGGGCAGUGGGAGCGAUUCAGAUGUUAUUAGAAACAUUUACGAGGAUAAUUCUGGGAAAUCCCUUAUCUGCUUAUUGUGUUACUAGUGAUAUUAUAUAGUCGUACCUGAAAGUUGGAGGGGUGUGGCCACGGGUGUGUGCAAAGGAGGCAAGAGAGUCGCAGCUGCCUCUUUGACAGGUGCAGGAGGAACGACGCAAGCUCCACUCAUGUCUACGGAAAGAGACGACUUAUUACCACAAUUUUCUCAUGGAAACCUGCCGGUUGACAUGUGGUAGAGAACCAUGUUUGCUUGACCGCUCUGUUUCAUAGUAAAGCUUCACCUUCGGGAAUGUAAACAAGAAAACACCGGCUGUGUUUGUGUGGCUAUAGGCAGGCGCAAUACACCGCUUCCCACCUACAUCUUUCUUCUUUGACGUCUCCAUUAUUAAUUGAAGAAAUUACAAAAGAUUCAGCAACACAGAUGUCCAGAAUACUGUGGAAUUAUGUGAUUAAAGCAGACUACUUAUUGCUGGGAUCGGGCUGGAAAAAAAUGUCCGCUACAAUCCGAGACGUCACGUGCACGCGUCAUCAUACUGACGUUUUCAACAGGAUACUUUGCGGGAAAUUUAAAAUUGCAAUUUAGUAAAGUAAAGCGGCCGUAUUGUCAUGUGUUGCAAUGUUAAUAUUUCAUCAUUGAUAUAUAAACUAUCAGACUGUGUGGUCGCUAGUAGUGGCUUUCAGUAGGACUUUAAGUUAAAAAAAUGUUUAGCAAAAUGUGCGCGUUUAAAAAUGUUUGUUGAAAAAUGUGUAACUCCAAGUAUAUUCCAUUCUGGUAAGUUGAGACUGAAGCAAUUGAUUUGGUCUUGAAGUCACAUGACACAGGGCUUGCAAAGCAGCAAAAGGGCCGUUUAUUUUUUUUUAAGACAGGAUCGAUUAAUUCAGUCUUAAGUUUUGAAGCAGGGGUGUCAAAGUCAAAGCCCGUGGGCUGGAUCUGGAACGAAUGAUCUGUGGCCCCCAGGAUGGUAUUUUAUUAGUAUUAGACCGGCCCGCAGGCCACAGCCACCUGCUGCUGUUUUGCACGCAGCAAUACUCCAUCAGUGUUGGGGCUAGAAACUUUCAAAAUGGGACCCCAGGCAAGUCAUACAAACAAUAAAUGUAUGCAUAAUGCUGUUUUUUUUCCUCACAUUUUAUAUUACAUUUUGGAAUAAUGUCAUAAACAUUACAAAAUAAUACAAAAGAAAACAUUUUUAUGCAUACGUAAAUUUAUUCAGUUAUAAACAUUCAUUAACUUUCUUUUUUCCUUCAUGUAUCUAAACACUUUACCGCUGCCGGUAUUUAAAGACAUUUUUUUUUAUUGCAAUAUUUUCACAACAUGCUUUUUCUAUUUUGGGCCGAAGAAAACAAUCUGAAGUUGUCUUUUUUUUUUUUUUUUUAGUUUUAAGUCCAUGAUUUCCGCGCGUGCACAUAUUUUCCUCCACGUGGCCCCUGAGCUAAAAUGAGUUUGACACCCCGGUUUUAAAGCAACAAAUAUCUCUGCACUGAUUUUUUUUUGGACAUGUACUUGUAAAACAUUAUUUCAACAAACAUUUUUUCAAUGAAAAAACAUGUAAAAACUAUUUAAUUAAAAAAAAAUCAGUGUCCAUAAAAAAAAAAGCUUCUGUAAUAAAAACACAAAUGAACCUCCAUAUCAUAAAAAAAAAAAUACAAAGGCUCUGUUUGAAGUGCGGUAUAUUUUUGUAAGUGUGUAAUUUAUGGCAAAUGAGUCUUUUCAACCCCCCCUUACUAAUCAGUCAUACUGUACAUGUCAUGUAUAAAUGAUCAAUUAGAGGAAGGUGUUUUUAACCCCCUGUAAAUAGCGUGCUUUCUUUCCAUCGUACACACGUUACCUGGCUAUAUCUAGCAGUCUAAUGUUGGCAUUUCUUUUUGAUAUUCUCCAUUGUGAGCUGUCCACAAUUGAAGGUACUGUAUGUGAAUAAAAGCCAAGCAGGAUGAAA